AAGGUACUCUUUACGGCGUCGUUUUUACUGACAUUGAAAACAUUCCCUCCACAGCACAAAGACUUCAACUUUCUGGAAAUCUCCUUUUGAUUUUCCACACUCUGCUGCUUCUUCUCCAGCCACUUGAAUGGAACAACAAGCUUCAAGUAGUGGAGCAUCAUCAUCAUCUCAAGCGCCACCUCAAUCACAACCUUCAUUUGAUGAUUGUUUGAAGCUACUGAGAGGAGAAAGAGAUGAGCAGCGGUUAGCGGGUCUGCUUUUAGUUACAAAGUUUUGCAAUAAAGAUGACCACGCCGCCAUUCGCAAGGUUUACGACGCCGUCGGACCUCAAUUCCUCCACCGCCUUCUUCGUACCGGAAUGGGGAAAGGAAGUGAUGGACCGGGUGAUAACCGUGACGCCUACUUGCAGUUGUCAAUCACUGUUCUUGCAGCAUUUUGUAGAGUUCCUGAGAUUGCGGCUUCUGAAGAUAUGGUUACUAAGAUUCCUCUCAUUGUAGAGAUAAUGUCCACAAAAGCAGGGUCACCUAUCAUUGAAGAAUGCUACGAAUUUUUGUUUUUGGUCUCAGCGGCCAAUGAAGAAGGGGUUAAAACCAUGUACGAAUCUGCUGGCUUGCAUGUGGUAGCUUCACAAAUGUCAAUUCUACCGGAUGGUUCUCAUAUGAUUGAACUUGCUAUGAAACUUGUGCAAAUCAUUCUUAUUAAGCUACCCUCAGAAAAUGUUUAUUCUGAGCAUCCAGCUGAUCUGUCAAUGGUGGUGGCUGCAGUGGCAAAGCAGUUUGCUGUGCUGCAGAAUGCACUGAAGUUUGAAGCGCUUCACCUGCUAUCAACUAUCCUGUCCAACAGUUAUUCUGUGCCUGUAUAUGAUGCUCUUCGCUUAAUGAAAAAUGAUGUUUGGUCGACAAACAUGCGCAUUGGUAUUGUAGCUAUCUUGCAGAAUCGAGUCGCACCUUCGCAUAAGCUUCAGGCUCUUAUCCUGGCGGAAUCUGUCAUAUCAAUUGUCGGUGAAGGGUGGCUAAUUGGGGAGAUGAACUUAACUAAUUCCCAGGAUUCCCUGCCUGCUGACAGGUGUAUUCUGCUUGUUUUGGAGUCAUCCAGGGUUGAAAUUGCUGUGCUUUUAAAUGACCUAGCAUACUUAAAAUAUGAAGCCUCCAAGGAGCCCUCAAAUAAAGAGAAUAUUCUUGUGAAGCAGAGGAAUCUUGGCAUAGCCUUCUCUUUGGUGGAAAAAAUAAUUAAACUUAUUUCAAGUUUUGGUGGCGAAGAGUCAACUGCUAAUGCUGUUAUCAGUGAGAGCACUUUCACAAAAAUCAUUUCUGGGCUCAAUGAGACAAUUGGUGUUGUUUUGGACUAUCUACGAGAUGCUAAGGAGCAUGGACAGAUGAAAGGGGAUGAUCUUCUAGCAGCAGUGCGAGUAAUUGGAAGCUAUCUAGCAGAAGCACCUCAUGCAUGUAAAGACAAGGUCACGGCACUCCUAGGUUAUAUGCUUUCAAUUGAAGGGGAAGAUGAAUUGAGUCCUUUUUAUUCCAUCUGUUUUUUGCUUCCAAUGCUGUGUCAAAUAACUCUCAAGACUGGAGGUUGUAAAAUUUUAGCUUCCUCAGGUGCAUUAAGAGAAGUUGUCGGUUGUCUCAUUGCGUUGAUUGAACAAAACAAUUAUACAUAUGAGGAUAAUGGUUCUAUAUUCUUGGCGUGUGACACAGUCUUGAAUCUUCUUCUAAAGCGCGAGCAAAUCAAAAUUCCCUCAGAUGAUUCCAGUUUUAUCAGACUUUUAGUUGCAUUGUCACAUUGGGCAGAGGGUACGGAUGAUGCAUCUAUUGUCAUGAUGGCAUCAAGCAUCUGUUCACUUAUACUUGAGUUGAAGUCAGAGGAAGCUCUUCUAAAUCAUCCUGACUUCGCUGCUGGCAAUAUUACUAGUCUGUCGAAGCUCAUUGGACGAAGCUUUGCUAUGUGUGGUCAGGACUUGAUGUCCGAUGAUGCUAAAGCUGAAGUUGAUCUAUUUCAGAUAAUUAGCUCAGCAUAUUCAUCAUGGGCUGAUCGAUUCCCUUGCAUUAGACAAGCUGUCGAGAGCUCACGCCCUUUUCCAUUUCGACAUGUUUCAUAGAAAUCUUGUUCACUUGAUGAGGAUUCUGGAUAUUUGACGCUACCUAUAGCUUUCAAUGGAGCUCUUGCACUGGCAAAAAUUGCAGUGUAAAGACAUUAGUGUUUCCGUAUAUUGCCUAGUGAGUAAAUCUUCUGAGGGGGAAUACAGUUGACAUUUUGGGCCGACUAUAUGGAUCAAAGCUGUUAGGAUGACCAAGUCAGAUGAUGUUCUAACAUGCACAAACUUGCCCAUUACAAGCCUUUUCUGUUCUUCCAAAUUUUUGCAUAUGUAUUAGCCUCUUGCACGUCUUUGCACUCGUCGUACCAUUUUCCUAAGGAAGACUUGCAGAAUAUAGCCCAUCACACACAAUAUUGGAAGCUAGUUCUGUAAAUUAGUUUGUUAUUUAGUUAAUCUCCUUGUACAAAAUGUAUGUUUUAAUUUGAUCUCUUUGGUCAUAUUUUGGUA